AUGGGCAACAGAAUUGAUUGUUGUUACAACUUGCGUUGGUCCUACCAAUGUAUCUUCCCAUGCAUUCGUUUUUGCACAUACACCGGGCGUCGAGUCUGGUACAACUACGACGGAUCGGAAAUGGUCCAGCCCCUCGUACAUCUAUUCCUCCCCCAGACCACGCGCGUUAACAGUUUGCCGGAAGAACUUCACGGAAUUAACGACGACAAAGAUAUGUAUCAAGUAGAACAUCAUGGUGGUAUGUAGCGAUAAAAAAAUAUUGAUUAAAUAAACAAAAAAUACUGAAUGAAGGUGUGAAGAGAGCCAAUGCGUAUAUUGUUAAGUUGGUAUUAAUAGCAUUACGAUAUGUGUCGAUGUAAAUAUUUAAGUAUGUAGGCUAUGUAAGUUACUUCUUGUUUUAUUAAAGUGUCUGGAGCACUCACUUUAAUAAAACAAGAAAUAACGUACUUAGCCGAGCAUACUUCCCUCAUGUAGCGGUCUCUCAAAAGUGUUUCAACAGGAACGAACGACUUAACGAGUAAUUAAAACAAGAAAAGCUUUUCUUCGAUAUUCCGCUGCAGAGAUAGCCUGCGAAAACAUCUGUUUCUCCUCGCUCUUCGCCGCUGGGGACGUUUCGCGCGAAACGUCCCCAGCGACGAAGAGCGAGGAGAAACGGAUGUUUUCGCAGGCUACUGCAGAGAUUGUAAGCCCGGUGUUCACUAUCGCAUAAGCAUAAGCAUAAGCAGUCAGUGCAAACGAGGAAGGUAUUGACGUCGAAGUCGAGGCUGGGAAGCUCGUUGUUGAUUUCGUUGAGGAACUGGACAAGAAACAUGACCUGGCGCUUAAUAUGAUGGGGAAUUACGCUGGCCAAACAGUUGGAGGUGUGGCGAACACUUCCACUCACGGAUCAGGGAUUUUCAGUGGAAUCAUGGUAAGGUGUUUCAGCUCUUUGAUAAGCAGUGAAAAAUUGGGACGGGGUUUUAAACAUUAGUGCCUGUGGCUGCUCCCUGCCGCAGCGGAAUGGUUGGCGUCUCGGGAGACAAAUGCUACCAUGGAUGGUCUCUUUCCUCCGCACGGGUUCCCGCAGGACUUCCAAAAAUAUUAAGCGCGCGUGGGAGCCUCCCUUUGACACGAGGAAGGCUUUGCGGAGGACUGAGAGAGAUAGAUAGUAUAAAAUUGCAGGGCCCCACUGAAAACCACUAAGACGAGUAGGCUCCCUGAAUAAAUAUUAUUGUUAUUAUAUUGAUAUAAUUGGGCUGAAAAUAUCUCUGCGUCUUCCGAGAUAUGAUGAUCGUAAGUGUGCCUACAGUGACGGCAUUCAUAACUGCCCCAACUUCCUUGCCAUGCAGGGUCUCUAGUCUGCUAGUUGGCCGAAUGAGGACAGGAAAAUUUCCGUGGAAAAAAGGUUGUAAUUGCGCCUCCAUUCCCCCACUACAUACCACCACCACUUAAAGGCUAGCACACUGUCAGACGUCAGACUCAAAUGUCUUUUUUCAGUCAACUUUAGUAGUGGGCCUUCAUUUAAUCAUUUCUGGUGGAAUCCAAGUGAAGGUGCGUGGCGGAAACGAAACCAUACAAGACUGCCAAGAAAAGGUUGACAAUGCCAAGUAUGGAGAUGACCCUAUCCAGAUAAACAGUGACGAUGUACUGAAGGCCUGUGCAGUGGAACUUGGUUCUUUGGGGAUAAUUUACUCUAUUACAUACCGCUGUGUUCCCGUUUACAAUCCCGAGGAGAUCAGAACCGUGGUAUAUCUACCCUGGACUUCAAUAGAGGAUUUCGAGGUCCCUCAAUCCUUUGCUGAAAUGUAUAGAAAACAAGAGGAAGGAGAAUACUUCUCGUUGUUUGUAAAUCCAUACCCAAUAGGACAAGGGUAAGUCACUGGUGUUAUUAACUGGUGUUAUUAAAACAAAAGAAAUGUAUUAUUCAUUGCUGAACCUCAAGAUGAUUUCUUUUGUUUUAUUCCCCUAAGCCUCGCAGCCAAGUAAGAAUUUUAAUAUAUCGGAAUUGGUCUAUUCUUGGACGCGAGUGUCUAAACAUGUCACCUGUUCCAAUCAAAAUUGCAGAUUAUUUAACAAUUAUUCCUCGAGCCCGAAUGGGCUCUGAGCCAAUAGCCCAUGAGGCCGAGCAGAGGGCCGAAUGGGCUAUUGACUCAGAGGCCACGAGGGCGAGAGGAAUAAUCGUUUUAGUAAAAUCCAACUAGUUGGUCAAAAAUAUCGAGAAUAAAAAAAUUUUAGCUAGUUGAAGCUGGACUUAAUCCUUUUUUGCCGCCAAAAAAGCCCGCGCUUUUCGCUACUAGUAGGCUAUGACAUAUAGCCUAGUAGCUCAACCAAUCAGAACGCAGAAUUGAUAAUAGACCACUAGUUGGAUUCUACUCACUAGUGAUAUCCUCCAGGUGGUAUAUUUCCCCGUUUUUUAAAUUGCUUGUUACGCUUGUAAAUUUAGUUUCCUCCCCAAGUAUAUUGUAAACUGAGAACUGAGUAUUGAACACGGACAGUUUCAUUAUUAUUGUUUUUAGGGAUAGUAACCACUUUAGCCAGCUACUUAAUUUGCUCAGUCAAAAAUAUGCACGGACAAUAUCCGCUAGCAAAUGUCCUCGUUUGUUUAUGUACAUACCGGCAUUUAUUUUCAUAUUGUUCCAACACGUCAUCAUCAAUGAGUUUCAACAACUCAUCAGAGAAAUGUUCGAGUAUCUCACGUAUGUUUUCUUAUUGAAGAUCAAAGUAGGGUUAAAAAUCCAAAAGAAAGAAAACAGACUAAAAUAAUUAGACAAUUCAAUUAACUAGUAAGACAUAUAUUUUAACCGAGGGAUAUACGUGGUAGUAGCCAGCAGACAUUUGUAUACGAAAAUUGUCCUCAGAAACCUUUUAAAAUUUCUCACGUACAGAUGUUCACCUUUUUUUCUCGUUGUUGUUGGUUUUGCAGGCUUGUUUUUUUAUGUCUCCAUUAAACGCGUUCCUCGUGUUUUGCGAGAGCAUCAUUGGACAUUAAGAAACAGUGCUUGUUCCUCCUUCUUUUUUAAUAAGCGUGGCCACCGCGGAAUGGUGUUUGCCGCUGGAGCACCUGAAUCGUGCCUUGGCUAUGGUAAUGCAUUUGGCUCAAGAUUACGCAGUUAAUCAAAAGCAGCACUCUUUGCUACCUAUAUAUGUGAGAUUAGUGAAGACGGAUGAUCUGUUUUUGAGCCCAGCUAGCAAGUUUAGACCUGACGGAAGUACCAGUGAACAUAACUGUUAUAUUGAGGUGAGAGCACAGGAAGGCCAUACAAUAUGUAUACAUGUUUAACUACAAAAUGAUGUAUCUAAUCUGUGCUACUUCAGAAGUGAUAUUUUGAGCGAUCUUAAGGGACUAGAGUUUGUCGUGAUCAAGGGAUCAUUGUAACGUUUAUAAAAUCACAGUCAACUAUCUUUCAGUGGACACCUCCCUAAAACCGACACCAAGAUUUGGGCCCCUGCCGUUCCUUUGUACUUUUCUCUAAUUCUCUACAAGACAGAUAGAUCCCUUUCUUUUGUUUUUGAGAUGAUUGAAUGUAUUCAAGCUAAAGCAAAUCCCACACUCUGAUUGGCUGACGCAAGAGACAGCGAUGAAAUGAAAAGGGGGCAUUCAGGACCGUGCCACCAUUGUGGGUGGGUGGGUAGGAAGGAAACGAGGUGGCAUUAAAAGUUGAGUCUGGGCCUCAUCCUCGACAGUUGUUUCGCUUUUUAAGUUUAACCAUCCACGCCCCCAAAUAAUGUUGAAAGAAGUCUCCGCUGGCUUAAUAGAGCCUUUUCACUAACGUAACCAGGGGCUAUGCAAAUUUAUUGGAACCAAAGCAAGUUUUUACAUAAGGAAAGGUUUAACAUUCAAAGGAUUGGUUUGGGGCACCAACACGGCCGCCGUUUUUUUUUUAGGGACAUCAAUAUGGCGGACGUGACGUCAUGUGAAAACACUCUAAAAACUCUUUUACUGUGCAUCACUUUAGGUACCAUUCCUGCCCGGAGCUUUCGGAACUGAAGAGUUUCAAGAGGUGGUGGAAAACAAACUCUUUGAAAAAUUCAAGGCAAGACCACACCGGGGAAAGAAUAACCAGCUUAACGAAAUGAAGAUCCGCGCUCUCUACGACAAUGAGAAGUUGCACAAGUGGAGAGACGUGUACAGAAUGUUUAACAAGGGAGGACAGUUUGACAAUCAGUUUACAAACAAAAUGGGUUUUAAUUUGUUUCAUGCUAUCGACGAGCAGCCUACUGCCUAG